AUGGAAAAUGGUCGCCAAUCGCUGCGGUCAAUUGCCCUUCUGUACCCCUUGGAAGGAGAUGUUGUAGAAGAGCAAGCCGCAGCCGAUGAAGGGCCAAGGGAAGUAGCACGGGAAGAGGUGCUUGUGAACACGCCCCCAGAAAAGAGGCACGAAGACGGUGAAGAUAACAAGAAAGCGCCCAAGGUACAACUUGCGCACAAGAAAGCCGAAGAACUAUGUGUACUUCGUGCUGGUGACCUUGAUGUCACUGAUGAGCGGGACAUCCGCGAGUGGAUGCCGGGGAGUGCUAGUCUACCAAGAGUACUGCCUCCCAAACGACAUCGAUUGCGGGGCAUGCAUCUGAGAGCAGUGAGCAUUGACAGUCCGACGAAAAGGAAAGCGAGGGUCACCGGUCAACUCGUUUACGUUCCAAACUACGGAAAUCGAUGGGUCACUGGAGACGCGACAAUGAAGGAGCGAUCAAUGUGGGACGAGAUGAAGGAGUUCGCGGAGGCGGUGUUGACAGAUCAUCUACCCAUCCUUCUAAAGAAGAUGAACAACGACGAUGAUUUUUUUUCCUCUCUUCAAGAUCAUUAUGGGACUUUUUAUGAAGCCGAAUGGGCCUAUCAUCACCCACAACCCGAUUUCAAUCACCUUAUCAGCAAUACGGACUACAGUCAACAAUACAACGAGAAGAUGAACAACGACGAUGAUUUUUUUUCUUUUCUUCAAGAUCUUUAUGAGACUCUUUAUGAAGCCGAAUGGGCCUAUCAUGUGACACAAGAAAAAGCUGAACACCCACAACCCGAUUUCAAUCACCUUAUCAGCUAUACUGACUACAGUCAACAAUUCAACGAUCCCUAUUUCACAAUGAAUGGCAUUUUCUUCGGCGUUACCCUUUUUGAUGGAGAGACACCAUCUGAAAGCCCUUAUCCAAUGACUGGUGAACCUGGAGACGACCAUUGGCGGGUCAAAGUCUCCCUUCAAACUUUCAAUAAACACAAAUUUUUCUACUGUUUGAAUCCACCGAAAUCCCGUUCUGGGAUCCAUCAAGUGACACUGGUUCUUGCAAAAAACCCAUCCGACCUGGAAUUGGUCUCUCGUUUAAGCUGUGUGCAAGAAAUUGAUGCAUCGGAUAAUCCAUUUCUCCGACGAUCGGAUAAUCUAUUUCUCCACAAAUGGGAUUCGAUAUUUUGUGAGUCUCUUUGUAGUGAAUGGAGUUCAAUUGGAGCAUGCAAAUCA